CCUGCGCAGGCCGCCGCGCUGAGGUGAGCCGGGCACGCGCGGGGUCGGUGCUGCCGCCCGGGGGCUUCCGCCCGCCCCCUCCCUUCCGCUGCCCUCCCUCCCCUGUCGGCCGGCGGGCCGGAGCGCGGGCAGUCCCAUAAAUCCAGGCUCUUCAAAGAGGUCUACGGUAAUUCUUGCAGCAGCGACACGGCAGCAUGCGUGUUGGACGCACGGAAAAAUAACCUGGCUUCUAUCAAAGCUGCCAAGGAGUAUUCAGACUACGUGAAUCUGCCUUUCAACUAUUGACUUAAUUGGCGCCCACUUGGACUAACGUAAGUGAACAAGCACACAUCUAAGUAUGCAGUCCGUUAAUAUGGUUCUGAAAAAAAUUGUAAGAAGUUCUGUCCUUCUGUUUGCUGCACAACAUGGGACGAAAAAGAAUUUGUUUCCACUCAGUAGAACUCUGAGUUUAUCGCUUUGCCUGAAACAGGACAAUUCAUGCAAUCCCUCAGAAAAACUAGAUUUAGAUGCGUGGAAGAAGGUAAUGAAGUCGGGGUUGCAACAGGAAGUCAGUGAGAUGGUCUCAGAGCAUAAGGAACUUUCCAGCCUGGCUGCUGCACGUGAGAUUUUGGAGAUGUGGAGACUAGCUGGGAGAUUAGUUCCAGAAAAUAUCAGUGAAGAACAGCUAAAAACCUUUAUGGAAUGUCCUUCCAAGUCAGCAAAAAAGAAGUAUUUAAAGUUUUUGCAUAUGAAAGAGCUUUACAAGAAAAACGACAAAAGAAAGAUGGAUGAGAAAAGGGAAAGGAGGCUGGAAGCACAAGAGCAAGCUUCAGGAACUGCAGAGACCAAAAGGAAUUCGUUCAUGUGUUUCUGGGCCAGCUCUAUGGACAGAGUAUACAAUUGGAGGGUUGCUCAGUCUAUGAUCUUUGGCCAACCUCUAAUAUUUGACAUGUCUUACGAAAAAGAUAUGUCUGUACGCGAAGUCACAAAUGCAGUGAGACAGAUAGUACUAAGUGAAAGCUGCAAUCGAAGAUCUGUGGAUCCAUUCCACAUCCAUUUCUGUAACUUCAAAGAUAACAGCCUCUAUCAGAAGGAAUUUGUCAAGCAUUACAGAGAGGCGUGGGGCAAGUUGCUCAUCACUGUGACAGACCAGUGCUACACAGAAGUCUUUCCAAAGGAUAAGCUGAUCUAUCUGACUGCUGAUUCUCCCAAAGUAAUGAAAACAUUUGAUCAUGAUAAAAUCUAUAUUGUCGGGUCAAUGGUUGACAAGAGCAUAAAACCAGGACUCUCUUUAGCACGGGCAAAGCGACUGGGGCUGGAGACUGCGGCACUUCCAUUGGAUAAGUACUUGCUUUGGAAUACUGGUGCCAAAAAUCUCACACUGGAUCAAAUGAUGCAUAUUUUACUAACCUUGAAAGAUACGGGAGACUGGAAGAAGGCUCUGGAAUUUGUUCCCAAAAGGAAGUAUUGUGGCUUUGUAAGCAAGCCUGUACAUGAACUGAAAAAAACCUUAAACCUGAUAAACACACUUAAACUUGGAAAGAGACAGGAAGAAGUACAAAAGGAAUUUGCCAAGAACUACUCUAAGAAGCUAAUGCCAAAGUAGAAAGCUAAUAGAAAGUAGAUGGAAAGAAAGUAGGGAAGAUAAUGAUUUUUAAUGGGCACGCUGUGCCCUCAAAUGCUGCAGUUUCUCGUGACUUCUGUAACAGCAUUCAGCUCUUUAAAUAUGCCUUUGUUGGUUAAGUUUGAAAGAACUGUUGCUAGGGAGGUUGUUUGUUUUUUUUUUUUAAAUUACCUUAGUAUUCCAGCUGUUUAAAUUUAUUCACUUGUUACUGAAAUUAUGUAAGAGAAAUGAGAUAAUCUGUUCUAAAAAAUAA